GCUCCACACCCCGUCAGCUGACCCGCUCCUGCAGCACCAGUGCAGCACCACUGCGGAGCACGGGGAAGCCCAUGGUUCCCUCCCUGGGCUGCAGGGCGCUUCUCCCGCAGCUCUCCCCUCUUGGAAUGCAUAAUUGAUAAUCCCAGCUGGAGAGAUGGACAGUCAACCGAGCAGUUGGAAAGAUAAGGUUGUUGACCUCCUUUACUGGCGAGACAUUAAGAAGACCGGGGUGGUGUUUGGAGCCAGCUUGUUCCUGCUGCUCUCAUUAACAGUCUUCAGCAUCGUGAGCGUCACAGCCUACAUUGCCCUGGCCCUGCUCUCUGUCACCAUCAGCUUUAGGAUAUACAAGGGAGUUAUCCAGGCAAUCCAGAAGUCUGAUGAGGGCCACCCCUUCAGGGCUUACCUGGACUCGGAUGUGGCCGUGUCCGAGGAGCUCAUCCAGAAGUACAGCAACGUCGUGCUGGGCCACGUGAACGGCACCGUCCGGGAGCUGCGGCGCCUCUUCCUCGUCGAUGACCUGGUGGAUUCCCUCAAGUUCGCAGUGUUGAUGUGGGUUUUCACUUAUGUUGGUGCCUUGUUCAAUGGUCUGACAUUACUGAUCCUGGCUUUGAUUUCGCUCUUCAGUGUUCCUGUUAUUUAUGAGAGACAUCAGGCCCAAAUUGACCAUUACCUGGGACUCGUGAACAAGAACGUCAAAGAUGCCAUGGCAAAGAUCCAAGCAAAGAUCCCCGGGUUGAAGCGCAAAACUGAAUAAAAAAAGAAGCCUGAAGCAACUUAUCAAUAGGAAGUUCAUCUUUUAAGGGGGAAAAAUACUCAUUGGAUUUACACGGGGAGGGUCAGGGAAUAGCAAACCCCUUGACAUUGCAGUGCAAUUUCACAGAUCUUUAUUUUUUAGCAACGCAGUGUUUGAGGAAAAAUAACUGUUUUGACUGCCAUGUGUUUCAUCAUCUUAAGUAUUGUAAGCUGCUAUGUAUGGAUCUAAAACUAAUCAUCUUUCCUUAUCCUGUGUGCAGCACUGGCUAAUACAAACGACUGAGACAGCUGUACAUUUGCUUCAUCAGAGGUAGUUCCUGCUGCGUUCCGGAGGUGUAGAGCAGGUGGGGCAGAGGAGAACACUUCCCAGUUUGUGCACUGUGUAUGGUCUGUGUAGAUUGAUGCAGAUUUUCUAAAAUGAGAUGUUUUAGAAGAAUAUACCAGUUUAGCAAGUUUUGAAAAAUCUUGCCUUUUUGGUAUGAGUAUAGCUGUAUUGUGAUUUUAUUGUUUUAUCAAUUGCCAAUAUAUAUAUAUAUGUGUUUCACAAAGCUUAGAUCUUUCAGCUGCUCCACAGUGCUUUGUAUGUCAGAGAACUGACUGAGGCCUGGACGAGCUCCAGAGCACACAAGCUUGAGAAACUAAAAAGUCUCUGUAAACACUGGCAUCUGUUGGAACCAACAAAAGAGAAAAGAACAAAGAACCUCCACCUAGAGUAAAAGAAAAUUACAGCAUACACUUUGUUGCACAAACGUACAGUAGUUGAUCUUGAGCAAAUACUUCUCCAGCUCUCAGACUCUGAUAACUGUGGACCGAGUAUCUAAUGCUGCAAAUGUUGUUUGGAAACUUAAAGCCCUGUCCUGUUAUGCAAGAAAUGAUAAGUGAAAAUUUAUACACUUGCAGUUUGAGCUGUACUGAACUAAGUCUGUGGAAUGCAUUGUGAAAUGUAAAAAAAAAAAAAA